AUGUGGCAGAACCUGUGUGAAAACUGCCUUAAACAACACACCGACGAGCCUUGCCGGUCCGGCAAUUGUCGAAUAUGUGAGCUGCCACAUCACACUCACUUACACGAUGCUUUGGAAAUGAAUGCCAUUCCUGCCCAAGCUAGCAAUGUAGCAGUCCUAAGCAACACACAUGAAUCAGCAUCAAUGUCACAAACGCUGAUUUCCCCACUUAAUUUCACGAGCGAUCUAACUGAUACGAAUGUUCUUCUACUAACCGUCACCAUCAACGUAUUCGAUAAAUUUAGACGUCCAUACACAUGCCGAGCGGUUCUAGAUUGCGCUUCCCACACUAGUUACAUCACCGAAGAUUUGUGUGCAAAAUUGGGUCUAAAAACAUCAGAAGUUAAUUUCGAGUUUGGUGGAAUUGCUGGUUCCUCUAAUCGCGCAAAUAAGGGAGCACUAGUAACAUUCGCCUCGCGCUGCUCAGACUACCAAAAUGUCGUGCCGUGCAUUGUUCUGCGACGUAUUACGUCUGACUUACCGCUUAAGCCCAUCAAUAUAUCUAAUUGGCCAAUUCCUACAACGAUCAAUCUGGCUGACCCUCAAUUUCACCACCCGGGAAAGAUAAGUAUGCUACUCGGCAAUAAACUCUUCUUCCAGCUACUGGAAUCAGGAACAAUUAAACUUGAUUUGGAUGGUCGUCUACCCGUGCUACAAAACACUAAACUUGGUUGGGUAGUUUCUGGUGGUUACAACGACAGCAGUGAUCAGUCACAAUGCACUCUGUCGUCAUGCUUACUCACAACCGGUAAUGAUCCUUUGUCUGAUCAACUACAGAAAUUUUGGGAAUACGAAGAAUACGAAAGUUCCUCACCACAUUAUAAUGACGAAGAGAUUAAAUGCGAAGAGCAUUUCGCAAAACACACCACUCGUUAUAUCUCCGGAAAUUUUAUUGUUCGGCUGCCGUACUCUGAGAGCCUCUCUUCUCUCGGUGAAUCAAGGGAAAUCGCGGAGAAGAGAUUCUUUCACCUCGAGCGUAAAUUAGAAAAAAAUCCCCACCUCAAGGAGCAAUACCACUCUUUUAUGCGGGAGUACAUUGACCUUAACCAUAUGUGUCUCGCUACUACAGCAUUGGAACACUGCGUUUUUCUUCCCCAUCACUGCGUCAUAAAACAGGAUAGCACCACGACAAAAUGUAGGGUGGUAUUUGACGCCUCAUCCAAAACCAGCAGUGGUAAAUCCCUCAAUGACAUUCUCCUCACUGGUCCUGUGCUUCAAGACUCUUUGGUGGAUAUUCUAUUGCGUUUUAGAUUUCCAUCGAUCGUAUUAGCAGGGGAUGUGAAACAAAUGUACAGGAUGGUGCGGCUUUCUGAUAAAGAUCGAAAUUUUAUUCGGAUUCUUUGGCGCUGGUCUAAAAAUGAUCCACUUCAGGAGUAUUGCCUCAACACUGUUACAUAUGGCACUAAGAGCGCCUCAUACCUGGCGACCAAAUGUGUUCAACAACUAUUACUAUCCCACCAAAACCAGUUUUCGACAACCGUAGAGAAGGCGACUAAGGGUAUUUACGUGGACGAUGUCCUUACUGGAGCGGACACCAUUGAAGAAGCCAAGCAACUUCGACGAGAGCUUUCGCAUAUUUUUUCGACUGGCGGUUUUUACUUGCGUAAGUGGACUUCUAACAGCAUUGAAGCUUUGGAAGGUGUACCUGAAGCGGACCUUGAGAUGAAGGUUCCCAUCGAGCUCAACGAGUCGAGUACCGUCAAGACACUUGGCAUCAACUGGCAGCCGUGCAGCGAUGAGUUCAUGUUCAGCAUUCAACUACCUCAGAUCCUUCAGCCCACAAAGCGCAAUAUUCUAUCCAGCAUCGCCAGCCUAUUCGACCCUCUCGGUCUUUUAGCACCAAUCAUCGUUCAAGCAAAGGUGAUAAUGCAGCAAUUGUGGGAGCUGAAGGUGGACUGGGAUACUACUCCCCCUGGUGAGUUGAUUCAUUCUUGGCAAGUUUUUGCGCAAAAUCUGGUUCUUCUUAACUCCUUUCAGAUACCGAGACGAGUCAUCAGCUUGAACGAACCAUCGAAAAUAUUCCUGCACGGCUACAGUGAUGCCUCGGAGAAGGCCAUGGGCGCCUGCAUAUAUAUCCGAGCAGUCGACGACAAAGGAAAUCUAAGCUCCCACCUCCUCUGUGCAAAAUCCAAGAUCGCGCCCGUUGGGAACAAGCGAAAAACGUUACCUCGUUUGGAGCUAUGUGCAGCCGUAAUACUCGCACGGCUGAUCAGAAAUGUGUCUAAAGCCAUCAACCGACCUUUCCAUGAGAUACGUGCCUGGGUAGAUUCGACUAUCGUAUUGGCAUGGCUAAAUGGCGGGGCUUCUCGGUGGCGAACCUUUGUUGCCAAUCGAGUAGCAGAGAUCACAACUUGUCUUCCAGCUAUAAAUUGGAGCCAUAUCGAAUCGGAGCAAAAUCCUGCUGACAUCAUCUCUCGCGGAGCUUCACCAGAGCAAAUCCAGUGUAACACCCUGUGGUGGAAUGGUCCUCCCUGGAGCUUCACACACGAUUACCUUAAGCCGAUCAACAUUUCUGCAUUAACCACUGCCGAACAACAGCACAUUGCCAAAGAGCAAAAGGCAAUACCGAUAUCUCUUCUCUCUAUUUACGAAAACCGUUUUCUGGAUGAGAUGCUAGCAAGGUACUAUCCAAAUCUCACCAUGCUACUGCGAGUAACAGCUCGCAUAUAUCGUGUUUUUUCUUCUGAACAUCAAUCACUCACACGUCUGCUACCAACCGAACUUGAACGCGCUCAAACGGUUUACAUUCUUCACAUUCAGCAAAAAUAUUUCCAUGCAGAACGAGAGCGUCUCGAACAAAAGGGAGAAGUAAGCACCAGCAGUAGUCUGCACCAACUUAAGCCGUUCUUAGACCAAACUGGAGUGCUCAGGGUGGGCGGAAGGCUGCAACAAUCGGGCCUCAGCUACGACCUUCGCCACCCCAUACUGGUGCCUCGUCACUCAAUUUUUACUUCGCUGGUUUUGAUGCAUGAUCACCUUACUCAUCAUCAUUGUGGUCCACAAACACUGCUGGCAGUAUCCCGCAGAAAGUUUUGGGUACUCAGGGGAGCCAGUGCAGCUAGAAAGAUAUACCGUCAAUGUGUGACUUGUGCACGUGCUAAACCAGUACCGUUAGCUCAACAAAUGGGUCAGCUACCGUUCGAUCGAAUUCAACCGAAUCCGCCGUUUGCAAUUACUGGCGUUGACUACGCCGGACCAGUCAGCAUUGUCAGUCGCCGGACUAGAGGGGCAAACCAAAGCAAGGGAUACAUCGCACUAUUUAUUUGCUUCUCCACAAAGGCAGUACAUAUGGAAGCUGUGUCAGAGCUCACCACUGCUGCGUUCCUGGCUGCAUUUACUCGGUUUUAUAGUCGCUACGGUUUACCAGCAAAAAUGUACUCGGAUAAUGCAACGACCUUUCGCGCAGCAGCCAAACAUCUUCGUGAAAUGUACAAUCUUCUCAAUGCGUCGCAGCAUAAUGAAAUGGUAACCGACUUUAUGACUAACAAGGGCGUGGAAUGGAAAUUUAUCCCUGCUCGCUCUCCGCACCAUGGAGGACUGUGGGAGUCAGCAAUUAAGGUUGCCAAGCAAUAUUUGGCAAAAAUAAUUAGAAAUUACAUAUUCACCUUCGAAGAGUUGUCCACAUUGAUUGCCCAAGUAGCUGCUACCAUGAAUUCGAGACCACUCACGCCGAUUUCGGAUAGCCCAAUGGAUUCACAACCUCUCACUCCUGCUCAUCUGCUUAUUGGUCGAGCGCUCACCACUAUUCCAGAAAUUAACAUGCUAGAAUGCCAAAUAUCGUCCAUGUCACGUUGGCAGUUUACUCAAUGCCUCGCACAAGAGUUCCGAAACAGAUGGCAGAAGGAAUAUGUGCUUUCUCUGCAGCGAAUGAAAAGGUGGCAGCGAUCGUCGGUAAACGUUUCGAUUGGAGAUUUCGUUCUUCUGGUGGAUGAUAAUUCCAAACCAAAACAAUGGCCAUUGGGAAGAAUCAUCGAGCUUUUUCCCGGACUUGAUGGACUGAUCAGGGUUGUAGCCGUAAAAACCUGUAGUGGCAUUAUGCGACGUGACAUCCGUAAAAUAAGGGUCAUACCAUUAGACGCAGAUGAAUUUUGUCCCAUGAGACUUGAACCUGAAAUUCCCAGAGGCAAUUUGGUGGGCGGAUUAUGUUCGCGCAGUAUCUCUACGUGA